GCCUGCCGGCGCCAGCCACCAUCCUCCUCACAGUUGUUGUUCGAAGGCAGAGAGGAGAGACAAGGCGCGGCGCAGCGAGCAGAGUGGAAGACGCUUUUCUCUCUCGCUCUCUCUCCCUCCCUCUCUCUCUCUCUCUCUCGCCAAAAUAAAACCCAACGAAAUAAAAGAAAAGACGGCUGGCUACUCCCCGUUUCUGCGUUGCAACCUGCGGAGAGGAAACGACAGGAUGAGAGGAUGAUGACAACUUGUUCGCCCAGGAACUCGGCCGUGUUGAAGUGAAGGCGCGCUGACCCCCGACGCCGCCAACGAGACGGACGCCGCCGCUAAAGGGCGUCUCCUCUCAAACUCCGACCGUCUCCUCCGACAAAGACGAAGCUUUCCUGUCGACGCUCUCUCAUCGGACAGACGGAAAGGAUCGGCUCAACCGCCGGGCCGUCUUUCGUCUGACGGCAUCUCCUCUCAAACUCCGACAAAGACGAAGCCGUCCUGUCGACGCGCUCUCAUUGGACAGACAGAGAGAAUCGGCCGAGCCACCCGGCCAUCUUUCUUCUGACGGAGCAACGGAGGUCUAAACCGACCGUCCCGACAUGGCUGACGACCUCUACAGCAGCACCUUCUCUGCUUCUGAAUCGGACUUCUCUUCCUCGUCUUCGCCACUGUCCUCCGCCACGGCGUCCGCUUCCUUCCUCACGCUGGAGCAGAGGGCGGCUUUCAUCUUCGUCCUCAUCCUCUUCAUCUUCCUGGGCUUGCUGAUCGUGCGCUGUUUCCGGAUCCUCCUGGACCCGUACCGCAGCAUGCCAUCCUCCACCUGGACCGACUACAUGGAGAAGGACACCUUUGACUACCGCAUUUCCUGACAGGCGGCCUGAGAGGCAGCUAACCCUAACCACCAACAAACUAAACUGAGGCGACGAUCACACUGAGAGAGUAAAGCAGAGACACAAGCGCACGUUUCCCCUCCAACGGUUUACGUAGAAACCGAAAAGUUAGGAAUUCUUUGGCAGAUAGUCUGUCUACCCGAGUAGCUACUUGAAGGUUACGUAGAAACUUAAAAUUAUGGGUUCUUUGGCAGAAACAUGUCUUACCGAGUAGCUACUUUAACGUUACGUACAAACCUGAAGUUUAGGGAUCUUUGGAAGAUCAAUCAAUCAAAAUUUAUUUAUAUAGCACUUGACAACAACCAGCAGGUAUCCAAAGUGCUUAACAUCAGAAACACAUGUCAUACAAUAGAAACAAUGAACAUAGAAAACAGUAAAAUCAGAAAAGGUUACAAAGAAACAAAAGAAUGAAAUUGUCACACCACUGCUGCGUAUUAAAGGCCAGACGUAACAGAUAAGUUUUGAGUUUGAACCUAAAAAGAGCUACAUCUGUAAUGUGCGAAUAUCGGGGGGUAACUUGUUCCAGAGUCUCGGGGCAACAACUGCAAAGUUUGUCUACCAGAGUAUCUACUUUACUUUAAUGUUACUUACCCUCGAACGGUUAUGAUGGUGACAAAGAGACAGAAACGUUAGUCUGAAACAUCGACACACCAACCCAAUUAUCAGCCGUCGGACAGUCUGGCGAGGUCGGUGACUCGAGUCUGUUCGGUGUGUGUUCUGUGCCGUCGUCCUUCAUUUGGGCCGAUUUGACUUGUUGAAUUGGCCAGUGGGCAGUCGGACUCAAUUACCAAUCUGAUUGGUGGAGCGCUAGCCCUGAAAUGACGAGCAGGAAGAGCGGGACGAACGCCUCUCAAAAUCUGACGAAAAUCUGUUGACCUUGGUCGAUCUGAAGUGAAGACAGAUUCAGCAACUGCAUCACGGCCUAUUUCUCGCUUAAAAUGUUUUCAGAAACACGUU